AUGUGUGACCUCAUGGAGACAAGUGCACAGGCUGAAACCGAGCGGAUGGCAGCUGCGGCAGCUCGUCGAGAGAUUGAGAACAUGACAAACCAGAAUCGCAUCCUUCGAGAGGCACUCCAGCGACGAGUCGCGAACAAUGAAGCGUUGGACAGGGCCCGUCAGCAGGAAACCCUGAUACCAACCAUUGGUGGGGUCCCGACACCUGGAGCCGUCCUCACCAAGGACCCGAGCACCGGCCUCGCUGGCACAUUUGUGCUGCCCACAGCAGAAGCUUCUGGAAGCCUCACGGGCCCCACUCCAGGCAGUACCAGCACAGGACCACAAAUGAUUUAUUUGAACUCCCCUCUUUUCCCCAAUCAGCUCGACACAGCGCCACCACCACAGCCCAUACCCAAUAUAGCGGGAGUGUCGAGUACAAACACAGCUACAAUCGCCAAUAUACCUCCACUCGACCCCAACACCCGAUUGCUACUCAAGAUGAGCGAGACUAUCACCACCUUGCAGGCGCGAAUCGAGAGCAGGUCUGGUUGGCAACCGAUCACAGCCGGAUUCCAGGGAAUGAUAGGACCAUUCACACCUGGGAUACAAGCCGAGAAGCGCCCACAGGAGGCAAAACCCUUCAAAAUUGAAAAAUACAAUGGCACUCGAGACCCAAACCACCACUUGGAGGUCUUCCAAUCCCUCCUGCAUGGAACCCGAUACACAGACACCAUGGCAUGCCAUGCAUUCGAGGAAACCUUGACAGAGAAGGCCUUGCGCUGGUUCCUUAACCUCCCCGCUAAUUCCAUCAACAGCUUACAGGAGCUAGGGGGCAAGUUCCUCCUCCAGUUCAUCUUGUGCGGCAGCGGUUAUCGGACGACGCCUGACCUAUUUAGACUCAAGCAAAGACCAAAUGAGCGAUUACAAGACUUUGUCCGCCGAUGGCAGAAGUAA